AUGAACUCGGAUUUGUCUGAGCAUGAAAUGGAGAUGGACGAGGGCGACGAUGACCUCUACGAGCCGGAGGAGCCUAAGGUCGAACAACACGACAAGAAACGCACAGUCUCAAAGACCGAGGAGCUUGAGGAGGGAGAGGAGGAGGAUGAGAGUGGUGCAAUGGACGAAGAUGACGAUGAUUCUGACAUUGACAUUAUCACGGAGAGAAAAGACGGCACUACAGCAGCGCCUCCAACACAAUCCAAAUACAGCGAUAUCAGGAAUAUUCCCCAGCGGUCGACGUCUGGCGAUUCACCAGCAAAGCCAGCCCCGACAAAACGGGAAGACGAGCCAAAGUCACUUAACAAUGUAGCAAGUGUCGCGGCACCGAGCGCUGAUCAGACAUCCGCAGCUGCGUCCAAAUCCACGAUUGACGUCAACGCAAAUCCAGUGUAUCCCGCCGCAGGAAAGGCCAUAACACAAGUGAACAUUGACGAAGAUCUUCCUGACAACGAAAAGCCAUGGAGAAAGCCGGGUACCGAUAUCAGCGACUACUUCAACUACGGUUUUGAUGAAUUCACCUGGGCUUUGUAUGCGGCGAAACAAGAGAGUCUUCGAGGGGAGUUUGGGGCUGACGCAUUUGCAUCAAACAACAAAAAGAUGAUGGAGGAUUUCAACAGCAUGAUGAUGAUGGGAGGCAUGGGCAUGCCAGGCAGUGGUAAUGCGGGAGGAACAUCUAUGCAAGGCAUGGAUGGGAUGCCUCCGGAGAUGCAAGCGAUGAUGCAACAGAUGAUGGCGUCGGGCAUGGACCCAUCUCAGAUGGACCCCAGUCAAAUGAGCGCCAUGUUUUCGGGUAUGCAGAAUGGUGGUGCAGGUCCUGGGGCACAGGGAAACCAAGGACAGAACUUUGGCGGUGGUUUUGGCGGUAAUCAAGGAGGGUAUGGCUAUGAGCAAGGCAUGUCAGCUGGAGGCGGGGGACGAGGCGGUUUCAGUGGCGGACGGGGUCGCAGAGGACGUUGGUAG